AUGACUACAUGUGAUCAUUUCAAGCAGGAGACGCCUUGGGAUCCGUUCCAAGGUGCCCUUGAAGAGUAUCCCGACAUCCAGAACUACGUGAACAACUUUCAGGUGGUUCUCAAAUGCGCCCGAGCUGGCAAAAGCGCAAGAAUGCCUCGGCAUUUCAAAGAUUCCAUCGUGGUCUUCAAGAAGAAAAAGCUUCCAAUACGAGCCCUACAUUCCCAAUCUAAUAUUUAUGACCACGACCUUAAAAGUUUGGAGCUAGACGUUCUGAACGAAAACAAGUCCCGAUUCAGCUGCCUACGGUGCCGAAAGUUUAAGAAGAAAUGCACCCGGGACUUGCCAGAGUGCUUGAACUGUGUGUCUUGUGACGAACUCUGUAUUUACAUUCCUCGGAAGAGGAAAAGCAGCGUGGAAUCUGCAACUGUCGCUGACAAUGAUAAGCAUGAAACAAGCAGCUCCGCACCUAAUACCUGCCCUAAUUACAGUCGCUCUGGCAGCCUCAGUAUAGAUGCUAUCGAUACGAAGUACCUUCCAUUUGACACCGAUGAAACCGUGAUGAAAAGACGGUUCUCGAUGCCAAUUAAGCUUCCGACAAGCAGGCAGACCACAGAGCAGCGUGGAGUUCACUACGGCUACAGCACCUUCAGCAGUAUCGACAACAACAGCAACAACAGCAACAACAGCAAUAUGGUCAACUCUGGCAAGGUAAUCAACGCCAACAGCAUGGCCAACGACAACAGCAUGGCUAGCAGCAGAUUCUCUAGCGUCACCAGCAGUACCAGCAGUAGCACGUCCAACAGCAGAAGUCCAAGCAGAAGCAGCACUGGCAGUAAUCUCUACAAGCUUCUUAAUUAG